UGUAAAUAGGUUUAAAUUUGCCAUAAAUUUCUUCAAAUUACAAGUUUUUAGUUGGUUAUAUCUAUAGUUUCUUCUAAGGUUAGUUUCUGUUUAGUUUCUUAAAGUUGGCUACCCAUUAUGUCAAAAACUUUGACAGUUCCGAUAAAAAUGGUGAUUUUCCUGUAAUGAAUCCGCACGUUAAAAGUGACGAAUUACGUGAAAUUAACGCAAAAAUUCGCAAGUAAAUAAAAAAACCCCGAAAUACUUCCCGCAAUGGCUGACAUGCCAUUUUCGCAGCGUGAAGUUGUAGGGCUGGUUGUUAGGUUAACCCUUGUUUCCGCCGUGACUUUUUUGAGCAUAAAAUGGCUCAUGAACCAAGUGGACCCCACCAACAAAAGCAAAUCGCAGGCAAAGAAAAAAGCCGUCAGCCAGCUAAAAAGGCUGGUCGCUUCUGGCAACGCUCCGUUGGAAAUCGACAAUUUAAACGACUACGAAAUCGUUAUAGCUUCGCAUUUAAUCCAUCCAGAGGAUAUUAAGAUUAGCUGGACUAAUAUCGCAGGGUUAGAUAGCCUGGUGCAGGAGUUACGGGAAACUGUGAUAAUGCCAAUACAAAGAAAAGAGCUGUUUGCUGAUUCUCAGCUUACGACAGCCCCCAAAGGGGUUCUUCUUCACGGCCCUCCUGGUUGCGGCAAAACCCUCAUCGCCAAGGCGACCGCUAAAGAGGCGGGAACUCACUUCAUCAACCUCGACGUGUCGAUUUUGACGGACAAGUGGUACGGGGAAAGUCAAAAACUAGCUGCCGCGGUUUUCACUUUGGCCGUCAAGCUGCAGCCUUGCAUAAUUUUCAUCGACGAAAUCGAUAGUUUUUUGAGGUCGAGGAACAGCUCCGACCACGAGGCCACGGCCAUGAUGAAAGCCCAGUUUAUGAGUCUAUGGGACGGCUUGAUAACCGACUCCCAAUGCACGGUAAUCGUGAUGGGGGCUACAAAUAGACCGCAAGAUUUGGACAGGGCUAUUUUGCGCAGGAUGCCGGCCACAUUCCACGUAUCGCUACCCAGCGCCGCGCAGCGUUGCCAAAUUUUGCGGUUAAUACUGCAGAACGAGCCCGUUUCCCCGGAUAUCGACGUGGACGUCAUAGCGCAGAGCACCGACGGGUUUUCGGGGUCGGACUUGAGAGAGUUGUGUCGCAACGCCUCUAUAUACAGGGUGCGCGACUACCUGAAGAACCACGUGGAGCACCGGACAACGUCGCAAUCGUCCGAUGAGGAGUUCCACGACGCCCUAAGACCCAUCACAAUGGAGGAUUUAAAGAUAUCCUUCAGCAAACUGCGCGACAGUAAAAUUCAAUGCGGAUCUCUUUCGAUGCAGACUCGGAUAGACCUGGACUAGUUUUACGCUGACACUUUUAGGGAUUUAAAUGUUAAAGAAAAAAUGUUGGUACGUUUCGCAGCAAGUUUCAAAAAAUGCCGGGGUUUUAAAUAAUAUAUACAGUGUAGUCAAAGAAUAAGUAGUUUUUUUUCAAUCCUCGAAUAAAGUUUUUUUUUCUGUUAAAAUUUCGGUGCCAUGCUAUUUUUUCAUGUAGUCGCCCAUAUUCCAUUAUUCAGCGUUCGAAAACGUUAUAAAAAUUAUUUAUAGCACGUUUUUAAUAUACAGUCUGAAUGUUUGUUAUUAUAAUAAAAUUAAUUUACGAGAAACUCUG